GGGAAGCGCCAUAUUGCAUUUAGUAGAACUUUUGUGUGUAAAAUUAUCCAAUUUCUUAAAAAUUGCGGGUGAUUGAGUAAAUAGUAAUGAGUGAAAACGGGGAGCUACGAAUGUCAAGGUCCCGUUCAAGGGAGUCGGAGGGGUCACGAAAAUCUGAUGGCUCCUAUUCGCACUCUAGAUCUCCAUCAAAUGAAAAAGGAUCCCCCAAAUCCAGGGACUCCAGGUCCAAAUCUGCAUCCAAGUCACCAUAUCGACGCUCCUCACGACAUUAUUCUGGAUCCAGAUCUAGGUCCAGGUCACACUCAAGAGGCCGUAAAAGGUCCAGGAGCAGGUCAUAUCACAGAGAUCGCUAUUCAAGGUCACGAUCAGGAUCUAGGAGCUAUCACAAAAGAUCACGAUACUCAAGGAGCAGAAGCCGUGGGAGGUCUCCCUAUUACAGAGAAAGCAGAGACUAUUACAGAGAGAGCCGCAGCAGUCGAUACAGAAGUCGCAGCCGAUCUCCAGGGUAUUCCAGGCGAAGGAGGGGGAAGGAAACAUCCCCCAUGUCCAACAGAAGAAGACACACUGGAAACAGGGACAAUCCAGAGCCAACUAAAUGUUUGGGUAUCUUUGGUCUGAGUCUCUACACCCAGGAACGAGACUUGCGAGAAGUUUUUGGUCGAUUUGGUCCAUUAGAAGAUGUACAAGUUGUGUAUGAUAGACAGACUGGAAGAUCCAGAGGCUUUGCUUUCAUCCACUUCAGAAACAUUGAAGAUUCUAUUGAGGCAAAGGACAGGGGCCCUGGGAUGGAGAUAGAUGGGCGAAGAAUUAGAGUGGAUUUCUCUAUCACAACGAGAGCCCACACUCCCACACCUGGGAUUUAUCUUGGCAAACCUACUACGUCCAGCUAUAGAAGGAGAUCCCCUUCCCCAUAUUCAAGAGGAGGGGGAUAUAGCCGUGGUAGUAGAUAUUCCAGAUCCAGGUCAAGAUCACGGUCAUACAGCCCAAGGUUUGAAGACAGAAAAAUGAAGAGAAGUUUGGGUAUCUUCAGUUAUGAAGAGUAAUUGAAGAUUUGAAAAGUGAAGAAAGAAAAAUUGAGAAGUAGGGAUGAAGAAUUGGUCAGAAAUGAAGAAAAUUUAUUCGAGUAGGGGAUGAAGAUUGAAAAUUGAGAAUGUAGGGAAGAAAAUGUAUGAAGAAAAUACUAGGUAUUUAUGAAGAUAAAAAUGUUUGGAGUUGAAAAAUGAAGACUGAGUGGUAUGGAAUUAGAAGACGAGGGUAAAGGUAAUUGUAUUCCAAUCAAUGGUUAGAUUUUACAGUAAAGUAGGAAGUUCAGUGGUCAGAAUAAAAACGAAAAAUAAUCGGGGACAGAAGUUCAAGGUUUGCAUGCAGUAGAAUAUUGAUAAUGGAUAUUUACUUACAGAAAAUGCCAUUCGUUCUUUUAGAUUGCUACUGUAUAUUUAAAGAGCCAUAGCGCAUUUGAUAGGCAUUUUCACCUACUCUACUAGUGAUUUCUUGAAUACAUUUUUAACCAAAAUUUUAUCAUACAGUCUUAGUUUAUACAUGCGUAAAACCAAAUCACACAAUAAUGAUAUUUAAAUGUUAAUAGUUCCCUCAUAUGAUAAAUUUGAAAAUUAUCCAGUUUUUGUAUAGAAUAUAUAGUAAAUAUUGAGGUAUCCACCUAACGAUGACAAACUGUUGCCAAAGACCAUCCUUAACCAGAAAAACAACUUUUGAAUAAUUUUAUUUGGAUAUGUCUGCACUUCAUUCCCUUUAGAUAAUUUUGGUUAAAGGUGGUCUUCAUAUUGAAAAUGAUGAAAAUAUAUAUUAAUUUUUCUUCUCAUAUAAUCGUAAGAUUUAGCAACCUGUCUUAAAUUUAUCAGCUUGACAUCAUUGACUUCGUUGGCGCAGCGGUAUGAUUGCUGGAAUGUAAAUAUGGUGAUUGCGAGUUCGAGCCCCACAUUUUUCCAUUGUUUUUUUUUUAAAAAUUUUUUUUCUUUGUGUAUCUUUUCUACGUUUUUCUUUAUUAUGUUUUAUAACAUGCACAAUUUCAGAAAGAUAUAAUAUACAAUUACACUUUGAAAGUAUCUCGGGAAAAGACAGUCCUUAGCUAUUUAAUUAAAGUUUGCAAAUUCAUA